UUGUGAGUUCCAUUUCCAACCAAAACAAAACUUGCCUUUAAAGCAAACAUACCCACACAAACACAAAGUGAAAGAGUCCACAAUGAUUUUGUCCGAGUACCUGAUAGCGAAAACACCAUUAAAAAGUAGAGGCCGACCUUCCAUUCCUAAUUCUUCCUCAAGGUUCCUUUUUCUUCCACCACAGCCAAAGAGAAAAAAAAAAAAAAGAAACAAAACUGACAGAAUAAAGUGCAAAUGACGGGACUUUAAAAAGUUAGAGGAACAGGAGUGUUCUGAAUGAUGGGGGCUGUGUUUUCUUCUUCCACUAAUGGAGCUGAACCACGAGAAACUGCAGACUCUCAUCGUGAGGGCGUGGGAUUUGCACGACAGGCUGAACAAUGAAAUCGACAAGAGUAUCAGCUUCUGCAGGCAUUGUUCAGACCAGGGUCGCUUUUGUGAUAUUGGGCAGACCCCAUUUGAGGAAAGGAAGAGGUUGAUUGCCAUCAGAGAUUCAUUGAAAGAUGUUGAGAACACCCUUCUGCAUUUCAAGAAACUGCAGGCUUGGCAGCUGAGAGAUAAGCAUUCGCUGCUCUGUCGAUUGGAGCAAAGCAGAUUUUUUCUUGCAAAGCAAGUAACACAAUACGAAGGAAGACCCCUGGAUGUGGUGAAAGAGUUGAACGCUUGUUUUGCUCCAAUUGAAAGCGAUGUGGAAGGAACUGUGAAGAAAAAUGAAGGUCGAAGCACGAGGAGAGGGCUUUCUGGUUUUCUCUUUUGCUGGCUUAGAGUUAUAUUCAACCCCUGGAAGUGGCAAAAUGUUGUUGGGAUUGCAGUGAAAUUGGUUCUUGUUUCAGCUAGUCUUUCAUACACCAUUCAAUUUUAUCACUCCAAGCAACAAUCUCGUAGAAAUUCACGAAGGAAAUUGAUUGUUUCAGCAAUGUAUUCGAAAGAAAAAUUAGAUAGUAUAUUAACUAUCUCAAAUAUGCCUCUGGAUGUUUCCUGUGGCAGAGGAUGAUUACCACAUCACUCAUCAUUAAAAUAAUAU